UGUUAUGACAGGGUAGGUUGUAUCCACUGUUUGAACCGUCCACGCAUUGGAUGGUCACGUGGUAUUCUCCUUUGGAGUGAGAUUGAAUCGACUGGAGGGGGGUUGUACUCACAGACACAGCGCCUUGUUAUGGUACUGUAUUCCAGAAACUGAGUGCAUACAAAACGAACACGGGGAGAAAGAGCAACAUUUUUUUUUUUUAAUCGGAAUUUAAACCUCAGAGUCACUUAAUUAUUUAUACUGAAGCCAGAGAGUUUUUUUGUUGUUGUAUUUUCAUUAAACAAACAAACAAAAAAAAAUUGGACUGUCACUCUCCUACAGUGUUAUUGAUAGGGCAAGCUAAAUGGGGUCGUACUCAAACCGUGCUGGUUUUUAUACUGCAUUUGGAACUCCGGACUUAUGAAAGAAGAAGCUUUUAAUUUUUUUUCUGACUAAGUAGUGCAAAUCUGACGUUUACGUUAGGAAAACAUUUUUGUUUAAAAUUUGAAUCUUUUUGAUAUCGGGAUGUAACACUCCGGCGCUUUAGAAACUGACUGGGCUGCUGAAAAGAGGUCUGGGCACAGUCUAGCGCUUGUUUUGCCACCGCGCUGUUGACUAUGGUUUCCUCAAUGUAGUUGAUUGAAGAACACGCUGUUUAUUAAAAAACAAAACAAAAACUGCAUGUAUUUUUCUUUCAUCUGAAGAGGAUUUUAAUUAUUUUCUUUUUUUUAUUGCAUUUUUGAUACACCAUGGCAAGUCCAACGCCAGAGCACGAUAGUUUUUCAGACGUAAGGAAGGUUGGUUACUUAAGAAAACCUAAAAGCAUGCACAAGAGGUUUUUUGUGUUACGGACUGCAAGUGUUUCGGGACCUGCAAGACUGGAGUACUAUGAAAAUGAGAAAAAAUGGAGACACAAGUCUGGGGCUCCCAAAAGGUCUAUCCCGCUGGAAAGCUGUUUUAAUAUCAACAAGAGAGCGGACUCCAAAAACAAAUACCUGGUAGCUUUAUAUACUAAGGACGAGUACUUUGCAAUUGCGGCGGAUAAUGAACAAGAGCAAGACAUUUGGUAUCAGACAUUAGUGGAUCUUCACAACAGAGGUAAGGUUCACGAUUCUGCUGGGAGUAAUGGAACUGGGGAAGGGGAAGAAAAUUACGGGGAUGCCACGCCAGGUGCUGCUUUUAAAGAAGUAUGGCAAGUGAUUUUAAAACCGAAAGGUCUGGGGCAAACGAAAAAUCUAAUAGGAAUUUACAGAUUGUGCCUGACCAAUAAGACUAUAAGCUUUGUAAAACUGAACUCUGAUGCAGCCGCUGUGGUUUUGCAGUUAAUGAACAUAAGGAGAUGUGGUCAUUCUGAACAUUUCUUUUUCAUCGAAGUGGGGAGGUCCGCAGUUACUGGACCCGGGGAGUUUUGGAUGCAAGUGGGAGACUCGGUUGUAGCGCAGAGCAUGCAUGAAACAAUAUUGGAGUCGAUGAAAGCAAUGAGUGAAGAAUUUCGACCAAGGAGUAAAAGUCAGUCAUCUUCCAAUUGUUCCAAUCCUAUCUCUGUGCCUCUCAGAAGGCACCAUCUUAGCAACCCACCCCCUAGUAAAGUAGGACUCAACAGGAGAUCAAGGACUGAAAGUAUUACUGCAAUUUCACCUGCUGGUCCAGGUAAACAUAGUAAUUCAUUCAGAGUUAGAGCCUCCAGCGAUGGAGAGGGGACCACGUCCCGGCCAGCAUCUGUUGAUGGGAGCCCUGUAACUCCCAGUAAAACUAGGACUCAUUCACACAGACACAGAGGUAGCUCCAGGCUACAUCCACCAUUAAAUCACAGCAGGUCUAUUCCUAUGCCACCUUCACGUUGUUCCCCUUCAGCCACAAGCCCUGUUAGCUUAUCCUCAAGCAGUACGAGUGGUCAUGGGUCCACCUCUGAUUGCCUUUACCCUAGACGCUCCAGCGCCUCUGUCUCGGGAUCCCCCAGCGAUGGUGGAUUCAUUUCUUCUGAUGAAUAUGGUUCAAGUCCUUGUGAUUUUAGAAAUUCAUUAAGGAGCGUUACACCCGACUCUCUCGGCCACACCCCUCCUGCCAGGGAAGAGGAAUUAAACAAUUACAUCUGUAUGGGGAAGUCCAAUCUGAGGCCAAAUGGACAUAAUAGAAGUCACCAGCGCAAUACCCCAUCGCGGGUGGAAGAAGCAGAAUUAGAAAAAAGUUUUAGAAAAAGAACACAUUCGUCGGGUACCUCACCCCCAACCAUAUCCCAUCAAAAGACUCCAUCACAGUCAUCCAUAGCCUCAUUGGAAGAGUACACAGAGAUGAUGCCAGCUUAUUCUUCCAGCCGCUUGUCCUCUUAUAGGCAUUCUGCAUUUGUGCCAACUCACUCAUAUCCUGAAGAGUGUCUGGAUCUUCAUAUUGAGGGCAAUAGAGCUAACAAGACAGAUGAUGGCUACAUGCCAAUGUCCCCUGGUGUAGCUCCUGUUUCUAAUAAAAGUGAUGACUAUAUGCCAAUGAGUCCAAAAAGUGUGUCUGCACCACAACAAAUCGUUAACCCAAGGCAGCAUUCAAGAAUGGACUCAAACGGUUACAUGGUGAUGUCCCCGAGUGGCAGUUGCUCUCCAGACCAUACAAACUAUGGCAAAAUAUGGACCAAUGGUGGAAAUCCAAAACUUUCUGUGGAGAGUAAUGAUGCAAAGGAGGUUUCCUGCAAUGACUACAUAAAUAUGUCCCCUGCAAGUGAAUCAACAACCAGUACACCGCCAGACUGCUAUUUUAAUCCAGUUGACGAUCCACCGAAACCUAUGUAUUCCUAUUUCUCGUUACCUCGGUCAUUCAAGCAUGUUCAGAGAAAAAAUGAUGAAAGCCACUUGCGCCUGUCUGUGAAUUCAGGACGCCUAGUAUAUGGAGAGGAUUCGUCCUCCUCGACAAGCAGUGACAGUUUAGGAGGGCAGGAGAAUGGACAACAAGUGGUUAAGCCUGAGAAAGUUGAUGCUUAUGUGCAAACGAAAGGAAGGCUUAUUCGUCCAACAAGACUCUCCCUUGAUAAUAACAAGGCCAGCACACUCCCACGGGCACGUGAACAUCCACUUCCACCUGAGCCAAAAAGCCCAGGGGAAUAUGUCAACAUUGAAUUUUGUGACAAAUCCUUUUCAGUUAGUUCAGCUUCAUUAUUCUCCCCUAUGUAUGCAGAGACCAUGAGGCAAAGGCAGAAUUCUUCAGAGUACAUGAAUAUGGAUCUAGGAGCCCAUGGUGGCAAGCCAAGUUAUUCAGCAAAAUCUUCAGUAGGUACUACAAGUUGUGCAGCUGGCUGUGCGGAGGCUGCUGCUGUUUCCCCCACUGCUUCAUGCAGAGGACAACAGAGCUGCGAUUAUGUGAGUAUGCAGCUGAGCACCACCAGCACAGGCUAUACAGAAUCACCAGUGAUGCAAAACUACUCAGAAAUUGCCACUGGAGCUGCUAAAACACCCCCCAGGUCCAUUUCUCCAAAGCAUGAAAUGGUCCCAAUAAAUAUUGUUUCUGAUGCUGCACAUGUCAGUUUAUUGGGCCAGGUAUCAGGUACAAGUGCUUUUACUAGGGUAAACUCUACCCCAAACCGGAAUCAAGGUACCAAAGUGAUCCGUGCUGAUCCCCAAGGAAGAAGGCGGCACAGUUCGGAGACUUUUUCUUCUACAUCUGCUGCUAACGGUGGUGUGAGUUUAUCCUAUGUAGAAGAUGUGAAACGGCAUAGCUCUACAUCAUUUGAAAAUGUCUGGCUCAAGCAAGGGGAAUCUGCUGUCUCUGGAAGAAAAGAGCAGCAGCCAGGUGCCAGUAAAACAGCAUUUGAAAACGGACUGAAUUACAUUGAUCUGGACUUAGUCAAGGAUUUUAACAACCAAGAGCGGACCUCCCUCCAGCCUAAAUCCCCUAAUCAGCCUUGUGGAAAUAACUCUGGUGAUGAUUCAGGUGCUUAUGCAAGCAUCAGCUUUCUAAAACAAGAAGAUGUAAGGAGCAACCCGGCAAAAAGAGAAGAAUCCACUGAAUCCAGCCCCUCCAGCACUGAUUGAACUGUAAGGAUGGAUUUGUGCUGUCCAAAAAGAAUAAUGUGUUUUGUUUGCAUUUAUAUUUUAAUGUUUAGUUUAUACAUCAGGUGGAUAAUUUGUUUUAAAAACUCUCUGCUUAAAUGUGCACAACACAGAAUAUUUGUUAGAAAUUAAGAGAACAUUUGAAGAAUAUUUACAUACAUUAAAUUCUACUUCUAUUGUAAAACAUUAUUUUGUGUACUAUACAAUUGGAAUUUAUUUAGUUAUCGCUCCAGUUAGUCUUAUUUCUGUUUCUUUUCCAUUUUAAAUUCUACUUAUUAAAACAUUUGUAUCCAUCUCCUAUCUCUUAUCUUAUUCAUGACAAUGUUGUUCAUCAUAAAGCAGUUAGAAAGCAAUGCUAGGGCUUUUGUGAUGUCAAAGCAAAUUAUGAACUAUGAUCUUGAGAAGGUCAUUCAAACUGAAACUCCAGUGGCACCAUAAUUGGUGCAUCACCUACAUGACCUGGCCACCAGCACUGGGGGAAGUUACAAACUAUAUAUGGGUGGCAUUAGAAUGUAAUGGGUAUUUUUUUAUCAGUAGCUAUGUGUUGAAUGGAUGUGCUGCAUUGCUUUUAAAGUUGAACUUUUUAUACAUGUGCAUAUUAGCUGCUGCAUCUGUCAUAGAUGUUUAACUUAGGCAUUUAAUGUACAAUAUAAAGCAUUUCUGGAAAGGUUUACAGUAUUAGAAUGACUUUAUUGGAUUUGUAUGCUAUCAUCAUCCAUUGAAUGUAUUCACCUCGACAGUAUGUACUGUAAAGCCUUAAAUAUUAAAUUAAAUUGCUGUUUUUCAUUAAGUAAGCCGAAUGGAGCGAUAAAUAAUUAACACAUUGAUAUUUUAUUACUAAUUUAUUUAUUUAUUUAAUUGCUACCCAGCUUCCCAAACAAGCACAGCUAAAAUUAUGCAAGUUUGUACUUGAAAGAGUUCACUUUGGAAGGUGUGCUGCAUAAAGCAGGGGGUGAGGUUUAUCAGAUCGGGUCUUUUGAACUAGUUGUGGAAUGUGCCUGUGGAUGAGAGAAUGAACAAUCGUCAGCUGCUUUAAGCCCAAAGGCAAAAUCUGGCUGGGUGAAAUUGUAUCGUCUUUGAAAGCCUGUUUCACACAGGUCUUUAUUACGAUAGACCCCUUGUGAAGUCACUUGAUGGUCUGACACCAUCAGAAACAAUCAAACUAUUGCAUCAACUGUAUUUUCUGUCUGCUGUUGUCAAUAGGUACAUGUAACAACUGUAUAUUGCAGGAAAUGUUUUGCAUACAGAUGGAGAAUUAUAUCACUCUACUGUUAUUAUUAUUAGUUAGUGGUAUUAUAAUGUUAAUAUUUGGUAUAUCUGACAGUAUUUGUAGUUACUGGAUUGCAUAUUAAUCAUUGCAAAUUUUACUGAAUCACUCUAAUGCCCACCUUUUCCAGUUGAUAAUUUUACAAUAAAUUAUAUAAAGCAAUCCCCUCUGAAAUCCACCCUUUUAUGUAUACUGUUCUUGGAUUGCUUUUAUAAAGAAUAAACUGUGUGUGAAUACGGUACACUUACCAAGUGUACUCAGCGCUUUUCAGGGGAAACGUCUUCAGAACGUUUCUCUCUCUUUCACACUGGAUGUGUGCUGAGUACACUUGGAAACGUACUGAGUACACUUCCAUCUUUUCAAGUGUACCGAGAACAUUUCCCUGUCACAUUACACAUCUGCAGUAGUACUGAGAACACAAGAAAAUCGCAUGAUCUCCAUGAAGUGAAUGCUGGGAAGUUCUACAGCCAUGCAGAAAAUUAUGGAGAAAGUCCUGAUUUUGUGUGCUGCACUUCUGUGGUGUUUUGUAAUAAUAAAGUUGGUCAUAAUAAGGACAUUUUGAUUUAAUUUCUUGUGACUCCCCACUCCUUCGCAACGUGUCCCUGGUUUUAAUGUAGGAACAGGGUCGUUUUUUUUAAUUUGCUCUGCAUUGUUCAGCAGUGCGAUUAAAGCCCCGUUCUUUCGGUCAACUGGAAAACUCUUUGAACACUUUUAGUAAAUGUUUUAUAAGAAAAUUAGAUCUACUGUAGAGCACAAAUGUACUACCAAUUUUUUUUGUGGAACAAGAAGAUGCAGGUAACUUGGAAGUGCUAGCCAAGGUAUUAUAAUCUAUCUUAACAGUCUAAAAGCAAUCAGACCUACAGUGAAGUUACCAGGAAGCAGGAGUGUAUCCAUAGUAGAAGUUGCAUAUUUUGAAUCAUUUUUACCCAUGUACUGUAUAUGAAAAAAUAUAUAAAAAUGUAAACUUGAGAUACUGGUGAUUUGUAAUGAACUUCAGUUAAAUUAUACUGCGUUAACAUUUCUUUAUAGCUCUUAUUAUGCAUUUAAAAUGUACACUACUGUUCCAAAGACCUGGUGAUUACCAGUAUAAAUAUUACAUAAACUAUUACAUUUACUUAAAUUGUUUACCAUGCAGGUCUUUGUAUUAAUUACUUUAAAUUUCAGUUUAUGGAGCUUAAAAACGUACAAUAAAACGGCAAGACCUUUUGAUCUACCGAAUCCAUUCGGCAGCCUAAGCGUAGUAGUGUCCUUAUUUCAACUUGACACUGUGCCUGGCUUGGCAUCUGAAUAAACCUCGUUGCAGGCCAAUUCAGACACACAAGGCUCAGUAAAAAGUGGAAAGAAUAUUCUAAUAAAAUGAGUUGGAUAGCAGACUGAGGGGUUGUUUUGCCUGUACAGGACACAAAAGGCUGUACACUGCAUAGUAUCCAGUAAAACAAAAAAAAAUAAUAAAUAAAAAAUGUAUGGUGGAACAAGUUGUAGUGUCU